GUGAGAUUGCAACAGUUGUCACAGAAGCAGAGCUUGAUCAGUUGUUGAGCAGUCAACACAUCCUUCACAGCACAUAAAGAAUCACAGCCAGGCAUCGUGAAAAUGCCUUCAAAUUUCCUCACGCCCUUCCUGGAGUUGGAUGAUGAAUUCUGCAAGAGUUUCCGAGGUAUUGAUCUGACCGAAGCCACGCAGAAGCAGCGUGUGGUGGGCUUCCAGCGCAGGCACUCCCUGUGCCCCGUGACGCUUCCCAACUCUAAAUUCAACAGUAAUGACACCAGCCCCUGGCCUCUGCCGGCCCCCACCCAGCUCUGGAGCCACGAGAAGCAGCCGCAGCUGCCGCGCUCCUCCCUGAGCCAGAUCCCCUUCAGAGUCGACCGGUCUGUGAGCAUGAUCGAGGGUCAUGUGGCCAGCGAGAGCCUGACAUCCAGCCCUCUUCCUCCUCCGCCGGGUCUCAGCAUCAGCAACAGCUCCUUAACCUGCCCGAAGGCACUCGGCCUGACCUCUACAGCGCCGAUGUCCACCCGCUACAAGACCGAGCUCUGCCGCACCUACGAGGAAAGCGGCACCUGCAAAUACGGCGCCAAGUGCCAGUUCGCUCACGGGAUGUUGGAGCUGAGAGACCUCAACAGACACCCGAAGUACAAGACCGAGCCGUGCCGCACCUUUCACACCAUCGGCUUCUGCCCCUACGGCGCUCGGUGUCACUUCAUACACAACGCAGACGAGCAGAACGGGCUUCCAGAGAACACCAAGAGCAUCCGAGCGCGACCGCAGCUCCGCCAGAGCGUCAGCUUCAGCGGCUUCUCCUCACAAACCCUCGGCGGUUUCCACGACGUGCUGGCCUUCUCCAGAUCUUCUUCUGUGUCUCCGCCGCCGUCCACCGGGAGUCCCGACCUGCUGUCCCCUCUGGGGAACUUGAAGCACAGCCAUCCUUUCUCAGAUCUGGGUUGCAGAGGGAGUUUCUACACCAUCAGCGACUCUGAGAGCGAGCCGAACCUGGCGUGUGCGCUCCAGGGCCUGCAGCGGAGCGCGUCCACAGACUCUCUCUCCGAUCAGGACGGCUACACCAGCUCCAGCAGUCUGAGCGGCUGCGACUCUCCUGGCAUCGAGGGCCGGCGACUGCCCAUCUUCAGCCGCCUGUCCGUCUCAGACGACUAGAAACCAUUACCUGUGCAUAUUGCAUGCUCACCCAAACAGUCGUUUCUCUGCAGAUGUGAUGAACGUGAUGUAUACUGUUGUAUACCAGUCUGCAGCUGCAGAGGGAACUUCACUUCAGGUUUACGUGUUUCGGGGAAUUGUUCUGCGGUGAUUUGUCUGUAGGAUGAACCUUCCCAAGCCGUCCAUCUGUAGUCUAACCAAAGCUGAGCAACUUAGAGUAUAUACAUCUAGUGUAACAUCUAACCCGCUCCAUGAACAUACUGUAGCCUUUAGUUAAGGCAUGUUUAUUGCUUUAAAACCCUAUUUAUUGCUUUUGUUUUAAUAUGCAUUGGUUGUUUUCAUUUUAUACGCAUUUCAAAGAAGGAACAAUGUAGAUAAGGCUUUUUUUGUUUGUUUCUUUGAGCCCGUUUGUCUGCUUUGCACGAGCUAUAUCUCUCAGCUUUAAUUACUGAAGCCCAGCUGCACAGAGUCUCAAAGUUGGCAUCUCAGGACCCUUUUAAAGUGCUAUCGACACACACUCCACGUUCUUUGUAAGUAAUAUCAGUCAGAGAUAUCCACGAGGAAGAGUCAGAGAUGUUCAUAUGCAAGCCAUCGUGAAUGUGAAAGUGACAAUGUACCAGAAAGAAGUCAAGUUACGCCACGGCCUUUGUCUUUUGCACUCGAAGAGUCGAAACUUGUCAUUUGCGAAUAACAACAUGAACUGUAGGUUGUGUAUUAUUGUGGUGGUUGCCUUGUGACAAGACACGCUUUUGCCUUUUGUUAACUUAAAACGUAUUUAUUUUGUUUCUCGAAGUGGGAAACCAGUGUAUUGUGUUGUGCUUUCGUUUCAUCUUUGUUUAUAUCUAAUUUAAAUGAACUGUUUACAUUCCAUGGGAUGGCAAUGCCCAUUUUCAUUAUAAUAUAUUGUGUGAAAAUAAAGUUUGAAGGGGGACAAAAAAAGAUCCUUUGCCUCA